AUGAUAUUAGAUGAUUUAUUUGACAUUGCUCAAGCUGAUGCUCUUGAAGUUAUAAAAAUAAAAGAAGACAGAGAUUUUCUAAUAUCACAGAGGCAAAAAGGUCGUCCAGGAUCCAUGUUGGGGAUUGAUCUAAAAAUAAUUAAUAAAGAAAAAAGAGCCGAGGAAAGAUUAAAAAUUAUUGAGGAAAGACGAAAAAGAACUUAUGAAGAAUCGGAGAUCCACGGUCAGGAAAAUAAUUACAUAACUGUGAAUAUUAUGUAUUAA